AUGAAGGUCAACCAGAUCAACCUCCUGGCCAUCCUGGUCUUCUUUGCGGUUGCCGGCCACACCAUCCCCCAGCCGGAGGGCCUUUCUACUACCUUUGAUGCCCCUGCCCCUGAUCCUACUUAUGAUGGCCCCUACCCCACCUACGAGGAUCCUGCUCCCACCCAUCAUCAGUCUGGCACUAAGGGAGCGACAACUACCCACAUUCAUCAUACCCAUACCCAUACCUUCCAUGGUCCUUCUCCUAUCUUCAGUGAUCCGGAUCCCACGUUCAGCGGUUCUUUUCCUACCGACAAUGCUCCUGCACCCACCGAUGAUGGACCUUCUCAUAUCUAUGGUGCCGUUGCUUCUCCUUCCGAUGUCUCUGGCUUUGAGCCUACCCCCGAUGACUCUGACUCCGACGAGCCUUUCCCUGAUGACUCUGACUGCGAUGAGCCUAUCCUCGAGGAGCCUGACUUGGACGAGCACGACCUCAAAAUCCCGGAGGAUGCAAACCAGAACCCGACCAUCGCUGGGGAGAAUGUCAAGCAUUGCGAAGGAUGUGCCCAUCAGACCUGCCACUUCAAGUUUACACGAUAA